AUGGGCCUCUUUGAUUGCCUGGCCCCCCAGGCAGACGCUGGCGCAGCUGCGACCGCCGCGGCCGAGGCCGCUCAGCUCAGGGCAGCAGCACAGGAGGCGCGGGCGGCGCUGCUCGCCGAACAGGAGCGCGCGCGUGUGCUGCAGGAUGAGAAGCAGCAGCUGAGCGACAAGCUGGAGCAGGUGGAGCACAAGCUGCGCGAGGCUGAGCAGGCGGCGGCCAGCCCGGUGACGCCCGCGCCCGAGCCCGCCGCCGUGCAGGCAGCUGCAGCCGCCGCCGCCGCCCCGCGCAGCGGCAGCCCCUCGGCGCUGAGGGCGCGCGCGAGCUCGCCCACGCGGAUCCCCACGGGCCAGGUCACCGACGCCUUGCGCACCGCGCUGGAGAAGACGCCGCCGCCACCACCACCACCACGUCGCCGCCGCCACCUUGCCACCCCUUCCCCCCUGCCACCUUGA